AUGGGAAAUACAUCGUCUCAGCCUGAACCAUACCCCGAAAUUCCCGAGGAUUUUGGAGAUACCGUUCCCGAAACCCCGAAUUCCUCAAUGGUUGAUGGAACGAAGAAAAAGAAAAAGAAGUCACUCUCCUCGGAAUCACAGGCUUUAUCGCCAGCAAUUGCGGAAGUCAAUGGUACGACGCGCUCCCAAGAAUUAGACACCAACAUGUCGAAUCCUUCAAAGCGGAAGCGCGAGUCUGAACCCGAGCGCAAGAAAAGGACCAAGAAGCAUCGCAAAUUAGAAAAGUCUGUUGCCGAGUCAGCUUCACCAGAACACAACCCACCCCCUUCUGCAACUGCUGUUGAAGUUCCCCCCACUCCCAGUCAACCCACUCCGUCAAAGCCGAAGCUUUCGGCGAAGAAGGUUCGCAAACAGAAUGGCGAAGACUUGGAAGCCUCCACUUUGUCCACUUCUCAACCUACUCCCAAAUUAGCGGCUACAGAGGAACCGCUCGCUGUAAAACAGGUGGCUGUCAACAAGAAAACCCCAGCUCCUGACUCACCCAACCCCGAGGGUAGCACACCGCCAGGAGGCAGGGCCAAGGGAGUCAGAGGCUCACGCACCAGGGAGAAGGAUAGCCUGAAAAUUGGCUUCUAUACGCCGGACGAAGUGCGAAAGAUUGAAACGUACAAAGUCAAUUUUUGCACUGUACAUGGUAUCUCUAGCGUCAAAUUCGACGAGAUGGUUCAGCAUUCUGAGCGUGGCGCAAAUGGCGAAUUUCCAGUCUCCUCGGACGUCAUCUCAAAGAGCGACUUUUGGAACGAGAUCUACGCUCUUGUUCCAGACCGGGAUCGGCGAUCUGUCUACCGCUUUAUGCGCCGACACUUCCAAGCUUCGGCUCAAAAGGCACACGAUUGGUCGAAGGAACAAGACGAUGAGCUUAUCGAGCUCCACGCUAAACACGGUCCGAAAUGGACAUUCAUUGGUAAGCUCAUUGGGCGCAGUGAUGACGAUGUCACUCAGCGAUGGAAGAACAAGCUCGAGCACCAGGGUACCAUGAACCAAGGCGCGUGGUCGGAGGAGGAGACCAAGAUUUUCCUUGACGCCGUGGAAUCAACGUGGCUUACUAUGAAGCCAAUGCUUGCCGGCAAGGCAGGCAAGGACAUGUACGAGCUGGAUGAGCGUCUCAUUGUAUGGGGUAACAUCAGCAAGGAGAUGGGUCAUAUGCGGUCUCGACAACAAUGCGCAGACAAGUGGCGCAAGAUCGUGAGGCAGGUCAUGACCUUGAGAGCCAAUGGCCAGCCAGGCGCGGUGUUCGAUCCCAAACUCGCUGCUAAGAGAAGUGCCCACUGGAACAUGAGGCUGGAGGCGCAAAGGAAAAGCUCUCAAUUCGUGAAUGAGGAUUCCGAUGACGACGAAGCCACAAAAACUAGUACCACGAACCUAAACAUCAAUAACGAGGUAGCACCGUCUUCCGUUGCCAAUGGCAAUGACGAUGCGGAGCCCGACCACGAAGCACAGCCCGAGGAGGCUGAGCCCGAGUUGCCCGAGUCCUCCCAAAAAGCCAAGAAGUCAAAGUCCAAGCGCAAGCACAAAGAAGACCCCGCCUCCAGUCUCAUCGAGGAAGCCCCGUCGUCUCCCGCCACUUCUAAAAAGAGCAAGGAGGAGAAGAAGCGUGAGAAGAAGGAGCGACGAGAGAAGGAGCGGCAAGAGAAAGAAAGGCAAGAGCAGAUUGAGCGAGAAGUGGAUGACAAGGCCGCACGGAAGGAGAGCAAGCGGAAGAGGAAGGAGGAGAAGAAGCGAAAGAGGCUAGAAGAAGAGGAACGUCUCGCAGCCGAGGCCAACAAGGCAUCUAGCAGCGAUGCAGAUGCCCCUGAGCCUCCUAAAAAGAAGAAAAAGUCUAAGAAGCAAAAACAAGCUUCCAUCGACAGCCCUGCCCCUUUGGCGGAACCCUCUCGUUCUGUUAUUGAAGAGUCCCCACCGCCUCCAUCACCUGCUUCUCACAUAUCUGCCAGUCAACAUGAUGCUGAGGAUGAAUCUGACUCGGACGGCGGAGAUGACGACAGCAGCGAAGUCAACGUUAAGGACGAGACUGACUCGGAUGAGCUGUGA